CACUCUUCUCCCACUCGAGCAGUGCUCAUUCAUUCUUUUGACCUUUCUUUUGUCUCACCACCACCACCAUGAAGUUCACCUCUACUCUGGCUUUGACUGCCCUCCUGGCUGCCCCCGCUCUGGCCGGUCCUCACGGCCACAAGAUCAGCGAAUCCCGCAGUGGCAGCUCCCAGGAUACCUUCCCCGGUGCUCCCAACGCCAACCAAGGCUACGGACAGGGCCAAGCCCAGCCCAGCUUCGGCGGCUUCAACCAGAACCAAAACCAAGGCCAAUCCCAAGCCCAACCCACCAGCACCAGCACCAGCACCAGCACCACCAGCCAAGUGGCCCCCGCCGUAACCUCCAGCAUCAGCCACAGCAGCUCCUCCUCGUCCUCAGACUACUACGUAAACGAGAACUGGGCCGGCGCGGUACAAGAAACCUCCGGCACAGCCACCUUUAGCUACGUCGCCGCAACAUUCACCCUCCCCUCGGUGACCCCCACGGCGGCCUCCUCAUCAGACACCCAAUCCGCCUCCUUCUGGGUCGGGAUCGACGGCGCCACAGGCCAGAACCAAAUCUGGCAAGCCGGGGUCGACAUCUACGUCGAAAACGGCGAAACAAGUUUCCUAGGCUGGUACGAAUGGUACCCCGCCGACACAGUCAGCUUCGACAUGGACUUCAACAUCGGGGACGUGAUUGUCGCGAGCGUGGAAUCACUUUCUAGCAGCGAGGGCGUGGCGAUUCUCGAGAAUCUGACCACGGGCAAGAAUGUCACUGCGACUGCGACGGCGCCGUCCACGUCCGCGACGUUGGUGGGACAGACGGCGGAGUGGAUUCUCGAGGAUUUGGCGGUUGAUGGGGAUGGUCUGACGUUGAUUGAUUUUGGGGAGGCGGUUUUUACGGGCUGUGUGGCCAAGGCGGGGGGGAGGACGGUUAACUUGGAUGGGGCGGAGUUGUAUGCUGUUGAGGAUAGUACGAGUGAUCAUGUUCAGGCGGCGCCGGAGAUUUAUUAG